CCUUCCCCUCUCUCUCUCUCUCUCUCCUCCCAUCUCUUCGAUCACUGAAUCACUAACCACACACAAUAUGUCCGGUUCGAUCCUUUUGGAACGGUCGAGAGACUUCUCGAAGCUUCUAUGCAGGUUCGUACUGACCCGACCCAUGGGCGGCGGGCCCCGGACCUUCCCGGGAGGCGUCACCAAAUGGAAAUGGAAGCGCAUGCACGAAAAACGAGCCAAAGAGAAGGAGAAGUGCCUCUUAGAACAAGAGAAACAGCUCUACGAGGCCCGUCUCCGCUCCCAAAUCCGGGCCAAAGUCGCCGGGAAACCCGACCCGUUUUCAAAUCAGGGUUCAGAAACCGGGCACAACCCUAUGAACCCCAACGAGCACCUUAAAGCCCUAGCAGAUCGGUUCAUGAAAGAAGGCGCAGAAGAUUUGUGGAACGAAAAGGAUGGGCCGAUUGAUGACCGGCCUCCACCGGUUGGCUCGGACGCACGGACGAGAUCGGUUACCGCACCGCCGUUAGACCUGAGGAAGCUGAUAUCGAAAGGUCGUGAUUUGGCGGGAAAUGGUAGAAGUGUAAACUUGAUAAAUUUGAGUGGCAAUCACGUUAGGGGUAGGAACUACUCAGUUCAGAGCCGAGGGCGCUUUCGAAGAAACGAUAAUUCAAGUGAUGAAGACUCGGAUUUUGAUUCAGAGGGUGAGUCCGUACAGCCCUUUGCUAAUGAGAAUUCGAAAUUUGGGAGAAAUGUGAGGAAAUUAGGGAAUAGUGCUUCAUUGGGAAAGUAUGAUGUGAAGAUUAUUAAGAGGAGGGUGCCCCUUAAUUCAUUAGACGAGGAGAGUGAUUUUGCGCAGCAGGUUGAGUCGAUAAGGUAUGAGCUUAGUAAGAAAAAUGCUGCUGGAAAUGAAGGAGGGGAGGAUAGGGAACUGGAGGAGACAAUUCUUAGUGGAAAGAGAUUUGAUGGGUGUGGUAUAUCUCCAUUGACAGUCAAGGCACUGACUUCUGCUGGCUAUAUUCAAAUGACAAGGGUACAGGAGGCUGCUCUUUCUGUUUGUCUUGAAGCAGGAAAAGAUGCAUUGAUCAAAGCUAAAACAGGCACCGGAAAAACUGCAGCUUUUGUGCUUCCUGCUAUUGAAGCAGUUGUGAAGGCUAAGACUAGCAAUACCAAUCAACGGGUGUCUCCAAUUCUUGUUCUUAUCCUCUGCCCUACAAGAGAACUUGCAAGUCAGAUAGCUGCAGAAACAAAUGUUUUGUUGAAGUACCAUGAUGGCAUAGGUCUGCAAACAUUAGUUGGGGGCACGCGAUUCAAAGAGGACCAGAAACGUCUAGAAUCAAAUCCAUGCCAGAUAAUAGUUGCAACUCCUGGCAGGUUGCUGGACCACAUUGAGAAUAAGUCAGGCUUGUCGGUGCGAUUGAUGGGACUGAAAAUGCUGAUACUUGAUGAAGCUGGGCACUUGUUAGACCUAGGAUUUCGGAAGGAUAUAGAGAAAAUUGUUGAUUGUUUGCCUCGUCAAAGGCAGUCCUUGCUCUUUACUGCAACAAUUCCAAAAGAGGUUCGCCGAAUAUCACAGCUUGUCUUGAAGAAGGACCAUGCCUUUGUUGACACAGUGGGUUUAGGUUGUGUUGAAACUCAUGAUAAGGUUAAGCAGUCAUGUCUUGUUGAACCACAUGAAUUGCAUUUUCAAAUAGUGCACCAGCUUCUGAUGGAGCAUAUCUCGCAAUCACCUGAUUAUAAGGUUAUUGUUUUCUGUACGACUGGAAUGGUAACAUCCCUCCUCUUUCAUGUUCUUCGUGAAAUGAAAAUGAAUGUUAAGGAGAUGCAUUCCAGGAAGCCUCAACUCUAUCGAACUCGUAUCUCUGAGGAAUUCAAGGUAUCAAAACGACUGAUUCUUGUUACCUCUGAUGUAUCCGCACGUGGAAUGAAUUAUCCUGAUGUUUCCUUAGUCAUUCAG